AUGUCGUUCGAAAAUCUUAAGGAUUAUGUGAGUGCCCAUGGUCAAGAACAUCUUAUCAAGUAUUGGCCGGAACUUAAUGACAAUGAGCGGGAACAGUUGGCGGGAGAGAUCCGGAAGUUAGAUCUGGCGGAAAUGAAUGAAACUUUCCACAGAGCGAACGAAACUCCAAAAGUAAUAUUGGAAAAAUUAGAUGACGAAUUAAAACCUAUUCCACAAACACACUAUGAAGCUGUUCCCAGCUUAACUGAGGAAAAAAUUAUGGAGUAUGAAAAUAUAGGUUUACAAGAGAUUUCUGAUGGAAAAGUUGGUGUAUUGCUUCUCGCGGGCGGGCAAGCCACAAGGCUUGGAUUUGGACACCCUAAAGGCAUGUAUGAUGUUGGUUUACCAUCACACAAAACCCUGUUUCAAAUCCAAGCAGAAAGAAUUCUUCGUGUGCAGCAAAUGGCAGAAGAAAAAACAGGCAAAUUUGGUAAUAUUACUUGGUAUAUUAUGACUUCUGAGCAUACAAAAGCUCCUACAGCGAAAUACUUCAAAGAUCAUUCCUUCUUUGGCUUAAAUGAAGGAAACAUAGUAUACUUUAAGCAGGGUACACUUCCCUGUUUUGAUUUUGAAGGAAAAAUUCUACUUGAUGAAAAACAUCAUAUUGCCUCUGCUCCAGAUGGAAAUGGAGGCCUUUACCGUGCAUUGAAAAGUCAAGGCAUUCUAGAAGAUAUCAAAAAGCGCGGUAUCCAGCACCUACAUGGUCACUCUGUAGAUAACAUUCUAAUUAAAGUGGCAGAUCCAGUAUUUAUUGGUUAUUGCAAGAGUAAAAAUGCUGAUUGUGCUGCAAAAGUUGUUCAGAAAUCUUCACCAAGUGAAGCAGUUGGUGUGGUAUGUAGAGUGAAUGGACAUUAUAAAGUGGUGGAGUACUCUGAGUUGACCGAUGAAGUUGCAAACAGACGAAACCAGGAUGGACGCCUAACAUUCUCUGCUGGAAACAUAUGCAACCAUUAUUUCUCAGCUGAUUUUCUUCUAAAAAUUUCAGACUUUGAACGGAAACUAAAGCUCCAUGUUGCAAAAAAGAAAAUACCAUAUGUUAAUGAUGGAAUAAAAAUAAAACCAACUGAACCAAACGGUAUUAAAAUGGAGAAGUUCAUAUUUGAUGUGUUUGAAUUUGCUGAGAAUUUCAUAUGCUUAGAAGUGGCUAGAGAUGUUGAAUUUUCAGCUUUGAAAAAUUCAGAUUCAGCAAAGAAAGAUUGCCCAUCAACUGCUCGGGAAGACUUAUUGACACUUCACAGGAAAUAUAUCAGGGAAGCAGGUGGUAUUAUAACUGAUGAUAUUGACGUUGAAAUUUCUCCCCUACUUUCCUACGGAGGAGAAAAUUUGAGGGAGUUUGUUGAAAAUGAAGUGUUCACAAUUUCACCAUUCCAUUUAAGCGGUAUUCAUGAAAGUAAUGGUUAUCAAAAUGGCAAUCAUUAA